AUGGCUAUAGGCAGUGACGUGACAACCUGCACUGAAGGCCGCCACAGCCACCUGCUGCUUGCCAGGUAUAUAUGGCGCCGCAAGCCCUGGAAGGCAAGUCACUUUGGCGACUCAGUCAGCAGUGAGCAGAAUGACAUUCCUCCCAGUCGCCCUCGGGUCAGCCUCCUGCUGGCCUCCUGCAGCGCCGGAAUCAUAUACGGCGGCCAUGGCGGCGGCGGCGGACAUGUCGGCGGAGUCUCCACCAGGGUGGUAGUGUCAGGCGGCCACGGUGGUGGCGGCGGAGGAUACGGUGGCGGUGGAUUCGGUGGAGGGUUCAUUGGCGGUCAUGGCGGAGGCGGCUACGGUGGUGGUGGAUUCGGUGGCGGAUUCGGCGGUGGUUAUGGCGGCGGUCACGGUGGUGGACAUAUUGGAGGAGUCACCAGGGUGGUUCACGUCUCUGGAGGCUACGGCGGCGGCGGCAUUGGCGGCGGCUUCAUCGGCGGCCAUGGCGGCGGCGGCGGCGGUGGCGGCGGAGGCUACUACGGCUACGGCAAAUAA